AAUGGGCGGGCGCCUCUCAUGCUGUGGGGUGUGUGUUUCCGGAAGACGUGGCCGCCGCCGGUCUCACUCCCGCUCGUCUUCAUCCCGCUCCCGCCUCACCAUGAUCUCCCUGUCCGACACGCAGAAGAUUGGAAUGGGACUAACAGGCUUCGGAGUGUUUUUCCUGUUCUUUGGAAUGAUACUCUUCUUUGACAAAGCUCUUUUGGCUAUUGGAAAUGUUUUAUUUGUGGCUGGCUUGUCUUUUGUUAUUGGUUUAGAAAGAACAUUUAGAUUCUUCUUUCAAAAACACAAAAUGAAAGCAACAGGCUUCUUCCUGGGUGGUGUGCUCAUAGUUCUCAUUGGUUGGCCUUUAAUAGGAAUGAUCCUUGAAAUUUAUGGGUUCUUCCUAUUGUUCAGGGGGUUCUUUCCUGUGGUGGUUGGUUUUAUUAGAAGAGUCCCAGUUCUUGGAUAUCUCUUGAAUUUACCUGGUAUAAGCUCGCUUGUAGAUAAAGUUGGAGAAAGCAACAACAUGGUAUAAUGACGAGAGGGUGGAAGACUGAUCUAAACUUUUACUGUAUUAUUUAUAAAAUCCCUUUGAAGAAUGCUCAGCACAAAGAUUAAGUUGCGUAAAAGGAAAAAGCUUGUUACAUUCUUUACAUAACAGUUUAAUUUAAAAUGUAUAGCCAACAAUAUACAUUAGAAAAGAAGCUCAGAAAGUAUGCUUCUAGGAAAGUAAAUCCAGAGUUCGGGAAGUAAACUGAAGAGGGGAAAGUCAUGGAAUAAUCCAUGUUGCAACUGUUCGAGACUAAUUUUGUUGUUUUUGGGAAACAAGCUAGGGGCAAUGAACCCUUGUGGAAUUAAUGGUGCCUGUUCUUUACCUCCUUAUUUUGAAGGUGCAGUAGAGCAAACAGGCCUACAUUUUUAAGGGUGACCCAAAUUUACCCAGCCCUCUGCCUGCUGUCCUCAGAGUGCAAAAAGUCAAACAGGAAACUUCUUGUGUAACAAGAGAUGCACCUUUGCAUGAAGGUUAAGAUGGCUAUUAAACUAUAAGUGUAUUAUGACAAUAAAAAGGAAACCCUACACAAUUCUGUUGUAAAAAUUUUUGUAAAUAUGUGGCUGAAAUACAACAUUGUUAUCUUAAUGUUUCAAAGCCAAGUGUUAGUUUAUUGUAUUCGUCUUCCCUUUCGGAAUAUGCAAAAGGUCAAUCUUUAAUAACUUUGGUCUUAAAUGUUGGUUCUGAACAUGUAGAGCUCAGUGGGGAACUCUGGAAGUUGCAGUCCUUGCAGGUUGUUCUUGAGCCAUGUUACAUGUGCAUCUGAUGACAAUGUAGCCCCUUGUCACUAACAUGAAAACUUCGUGAAGUAUGCUUAGUUCACAAAAAACUGCAUUUAGGUUGAGGUGCUGAUGUGAACCCUGUGACAUGUAACUUACCAGAAUUUGGUUCUUUGUUUUUAAACAGUUUGAAACUAAGCUUUAUUUGUUUACUCUGGAACUACAAAUUGACUUUUAUUUUUUAUGGUAAUAAA